CGUAUAUCCGUCCUUCCUCAAAUCAACUGUGACGUCAAGAAGUGAGGUGAAGUGAAGGGCAAACCCCAAUUCUUUUCAAUCCAGAGAUGUCCACCACCGAGAAACCCGAACUUGUCUGCGUCACCGGCGGCAGUGGCUGUAUUGGAUCCUGGCUCGUUCACCUCCUCCUCCUCCGCGGCUACUCCGUCCACGCCACCGUCCAAAAUCUCAAGGAUGAGAACGAAACCAAGCAUCUGGAGGCUUUAGAAGGAGCGGAAGCUCGUCUUCGUCUCUUCCAAAUUGACCUCCUCGAUUAUGACUCCAUUGCCGCCGCCGUCUCUGGUUGCUCCGGCGUCUUCCACGUUGCGUCUCCUUGCAUUGUUGACCCUGUAGAAGAUCCUGAGAGGGAUUUACUGGAUCCAGCUAUCAAAGGAACCAUCAAUGUCCUGACGGCGGCUAAGGAGGCUGGGGUACAACGCGUAGUGGUAACUUCUUCUAUCUCCUCCAUGAUUCCGAACCCUAACUGGCCAGCGAAUGUUGUAAUAAAUGAAGAAUGCUGGACAGAUAUUGAUUACUGCAAGCAAAAGGGGCUGUGGUAUUCAGUUUCGAAAACUCUAGCAGAAAAGGCUACUUGGAAUUUUGCCAAGGAGAAAGGAUUGGAUGUGGUGGUGAUUAAUCCAGGCACAGUGAUGGGCCCUGUGUUUCCUCCCAGAAUUAAUGCUAGCAUGCAAAUGCUUUUAAAACUUCUCAAGGGGUGCAAUGAGACAUUUGAGGACGUCUUUAUCGGAGUUGUGCAUUUUAAAGAUGUUGCAUUAGCACAUAUUUUGGUGUAUGAAAACAAAGCAGCAACAGGAAGACACUUUUGUGCUGAGGCCAUAGCUGGUUACUCGGACUAUGCUGCCAAGGUUGCUGAACUCUUCCCUCAGUAUGAGGUGCCCAGGUCGAUAGAAGAUACGCAACCUGGUUUGGUGAGAACAAAAGAUGGAGGUAAUAAGUUGAUGAAGCUGGGGCUGGAAUUCAUCCCAAUGGAACAAAUCCUCAAGGACGCCGUUGAGGAUCUAAAAAAGAAGGGAUAUAUUUCCUGAAUACGAUCAUCAAAUGCCAUGUAAGUUCUCUUUUCAGUCACCUAGUCGAGUCCUUCGUCACACCGACCUUAUGUAAAAGUGCCUGAAUGUCGAUGUUAACGGAAAUAUUAUGUCAGCCUUCUAUGCCCUCAGAUUUCACUUCAAAAUAAAAUGUUGUUUAGUUUCAAGAUUUUCUUAUC